CCAAUCCCUAGACCUACCCUCUCCGCCGUCCCCAUUCUCUAUUGGCCAUCAUCUUCCAAAACCUACUCAGACUCCCCAAUCCCUCCACCUACCCACACUCAGACUCCCCAAUCUCUUUAUUUUCUCUCUGCAUCUGUCUUCUUCUCCAUCCCUUCCCCAGAUGAAACUCUGGUUCAAUUAAAAUCCGCCGCCGGUGCUCCGAAAUCGCAUCGAUUUGCCGGAAAUCACUUAUCCCAGAACGCCUCCACCGCCAUUGCCUUCCGCACAAAACACCCUCCACCUCCGCUCCCGCUUCCCCCGCCUGUCUUUCUUGUGGGCGUUGCUGCCGACUCUCUACUUGAAACACCUUCACCCCUCUGCCCUUCGGAUCUGUUAACUUCACGUCGUCCAAUUCCUCAAACGUGCUUACCACAGCUCCGAACAACCCAGACUCCCAAAUCCCCCGACCUCGUCGCCGUCCUCCGUGAGCUGCUAGGACAUGACCUGUAUAAAAGAGGUUCAAGACUAAAGAGAUUGAGGAUUGGGGAAAAGAAGAAAGACCAUGAACAACGAGGCAGGCAGAGGAAGGAUCGAGAAGAUUAGGGAGAUGUGGGUGUGGGAUGGCUAAGAGGACGAGAAUGGGGAGGUUUUCUCGUCGGAAGGAGAGGUAGCCGACUUAAGAGAGAGAUUGGGAAAAGUGAGAAGAGGGACGAGUCGUAUUCUAAAAAGAAUUAAUUUUUUUUAUUUGUUGUCAUCCACUUUUUUUUGUUGAUGAAUUAAUUAAAUAUUUUUAAAU